GUCCCCCAAGAGGACCAUAGCCAUUUUGGCUCAAGCCGUCGUCAGGUUCUUGCCCCAGGGCUUCGGUGCCACGCAAAGCUGCCACACCGCAUUCCCUCCGAGCAGAGCCCCAGCGGGCGCAGGAGGCGCAACGAUGCUCCAGGCUCUGCCUCUCAGUCAGCUUUGGGAGACCGAGGAAGCGCCCGAGACUCUGAAAUUCUCGGACAAGGUUGCCAAGACGUCGUGGUGGCAGCUUUCCGAGGAAGAGUUCUCCAGCACACCCCGUGGCAACGAGGUCAGCAAGGACUGCAUGAGCUGGGCAAGGAUCCGGACUCCUUCCCCAGAGUACAGGUACACCUCGCGCGGCUCGUCGGGGCUGUAUCCGCUCCCAUACCCCGAGCUGCCGCCCGCAGUGCAGCAGCCGUGCGCAUUGUACCCUGAGGCGACGACAGCGCUAGACGUGGUGGCGCGUGAGCCCGCGGACUCCGAGAGCCCGAGCGGCAGUGCCCACCAGCUCCAGCUGCGGAAGGUGCUCAGCAUCGGAUCGGUGGGCCACCCGUACAACUGUGGCCUGCCCUGCAAGUACUCGCGCGGCAGUCGCGUGUGCAAGGAGGCCGCUGCUUGCCCACGCUGCCACGUUUGCCUGUGGAAACGCUCCGAUGAGCGUGCCCGAACAACGGAGAAGCGCGCCCGCGUGCGCACGGCGGAGGCGGAGCCGACGGAGCAGGCGGAGCAGACAGAGACGAGCGAAUGAACUUUGAGGCGAUCGGCCAGGCCGGGUUGCAAACGGGUUCGGCGGGGGAGCCCGCGAAUUUUGAGGCGAGCACUUUUGCUCGACGGAGGUGGGGUUGAUUGGUGUGAUCGCAACGCCUCUGAUUUGCAGCAAGUGUUGUUAGGGCAGUGCGUAGUGGAGUAGAGCUCUGCUCGCUAUCUGCCCCUGUUGGCAUGCUUACUCCUAGGUGGGUGGGGUGUCAAAGCUUCUAUGGCCGGGAUAUCCCGAUGUGCCAUUUCGUGUCGUGCACGACGUGCGUGCGAAGUUGCGCGACAGUGCCAUCGCUCAUCAGGCUCGAGGUGUUAAUAUGUCUUGAUGCUUCCGUGCGCUAAAGGCACGGUGGCGGAUCUGAGUUUCGCUUUGAGCCGUUCAGCGUAGUUUAGCCUAGCUUGGCCCAGUGUUUCUCUGCUUUUCUUAGCUUGAAUCAGCUUAGCGGGUUUCCUUGCGCGGCUAGCUUAGCCGAGUGCAUCGCCGACAAAUCCAGCACAGCCUGGCCUACAUGAGAGCCGCUGGGGCACGCAUCCGUCUAGCUGUACAAAUUCGAGUAGAGCGCUUGAAUUUGCCGCCGGACGCUAAGAGGUCCGCGACAUCUCAGAGUACAGCUGGGACACGUGAUGAGCUUGGACGGACCCAGCACAACAACAAAAAAAACGAGUCCCCCAAGAGGACUCCCGAGAGCGCCUCCAGAAGCAAA